AUGAUUAAUANGCUUUCAUAAAAUCUAUAUUAGCCAGAUAAAAUACUUUAUUAUAAAGAGCUUGGAUUUUAUAAAUUUAUUCAAUAUAAAAAUAUUCUUGCUUUCGAAUUAAAUGGAUAAGUAAAAUGUUUUUUAUUAUCAGACGUCUAAAUUGUUUAAAUUAAAAAUUGGUUAAAGGAUCUCUUUUUAAUUUGGGCAGUACAUGAUCAAACUAACUCAAUAAUUCUAUAUCAUCUUGACGAUUAUGAAUUACAUUAAUUCAGCAAUUAUACUCUUAAAGAAUAUUAUUUUUCAAAUCCUUUAAAGUACACUUAUUCUUAUUUGAAACUAGCUAUUUUAAUUGAAAAAAACUAAUCUUAUUUUAUAGCUACAUAUAGUUUAACAAUUACAACAAUUAAAUUGAUUGAUAUUAUAUCAACAAACGAUACUUAUUUUUAAUUUAUCAAUAAUACUUUAGUAUAUUUGAAUAAUGAAUAAAUCUGUUACCAUUAUUUGGAUGAGAUAGUUGCACUUAUUUAAACUAAUGUUAGUAACUAAAAAUCAUUAUUAUAAUCAUAUCACAUAACAUUAAAUCCAACUUACAAAUUUGAAGAUGGUAUCUAAUUAAACAUCAUAAUAUAAAAUGACUGUCAGCUUUUAUUUUCUUAAGAGAAUUAGACUACUUUAACAAUUCAAAAGCAUGAAAAUUUGAAAAUAAAGAUAUCUGAAUUAUUUUUAGGUCCUAUACAUAAUUUAACAAUUAAAGACAAUUCAAAUAUUAAAUUGAAGGGACUUUUGCAAUUCAUUUAAGAAAUUUAAGAUUGCAUAGAUAUAUUAGUCCACUGUAUUAAAAUAAAAACUAUUGUAUUCUUAAAUUAAAAUAAGAUAGUAAUGUAUCCAUUUUAAGUAAUCAUACUAAAUGACAAAUUCAUAUAGCCAAAUAUUGAAAAGGACUUCCAAUAGGUAUUUUGGAUAUCAAAUAAUAUUUUUUUAUGGUUUUAUCAAUUAGAUGAUUAAUUGCAUAUUCAAUUACUUUAGUGCAUCUUAGAAGAUAAUUAAAAUUGUAAGGAACUCUAGGUGUAAAUAAUAAACUUUAAAGUUGGUCAACCUGUUAAUGAAAAUAUUAUAAAAACAUAAAAUUUAAUUAAAUUGUAGAAUAAAUUAAAUUAGACUUAUAUAUUUAUUUAAAAUUAGACUUUUAGUUUAAUAUUUUUUCCCAUUAAUAAUUUGGAUAUUAAAUACAUCGAAUAAUCAGAUGAUUAAUAUGUUGCUUUAUAUAUGUUGGAUUUUAAAUAACAAUUUGAAAUAGUAAUUUACUAAAUUAAUUGGAGUGGAAUUUAUCAAUAAUUUUCUUAGAUAAUCACCAAAGUAAUUUCAAAUUUAUUGCCUACAUAUAAGAUAAAUGAAAGUUUUAAAAAUAUUAGAUUGGUCUCCUGCAAAUAAAAUUUAAGUAUUACUAAUGUUGUUUUUUUUUUGACCAAUCAUCAUUAAUCCUUUAUGAUAUAACUUUAGAUUAAUGUUUAAAAUGGUUCUAUUCUUUCUUUUCAAUUGACAAAACAGAUAAGAGACCCAUAAUUAAAUUUUGAAUUCAAACCCAGUUAUCUAGAAGAAAAUUUUUUAGUUUUACAAUAGGUUAAUUAAAUUGUUACAUAUUAUUAUGAUCUUCAGGAAGAAAGAAUAUUUUAUGAUUCUAUAUAUCGCUUAAAUUCAUAUAUUAAAAUCAUAAGGAUAAAUACUACACAUUUUAUUUUCAUUAAUCAAUCACACAUAUAUUGUGGAAUAUUAAAAUAUGAAAUAGAUUUUCUAAAUAUUAACAAUUCAUCUUUCAACUUUAUUUUAUUUGCUUAGAAUGAAGUAUCAAAUGCACAAAUUUCAAUACUUUUAAUUCUCAAAUCUUUUAAUGAUUUCCAUAUGUCAAUCAUUAUUAUUUAAUUUAUAAAUCUAGUUUUUAUAAUAUUUUAAGUGAAAUAAAAAUAUUUUGGGAUAAUCACAAAAGUAAAAAUUACAGAUUUACAUACAUAAGAUACUUUAAGUUGA